CAUAGGUAUGCACUUUUAUAGGAAGCAAGCAAUCUAAUCCACAAACUCUUUAUGAAAAUGGAGGGCAUUUUUGCUCGCCAACAUUUAGUGUGAUGUAUGCUCACCACCUUAUUUUUCACCAUUAGAUGAAUUUAAAUAUUGAGAUUUGUGCUUAUCCACUACACGAAUCUCGAAAUUCAAACUUAUCUAACGGUGAUAACUAGUGUGAUGAGCAUACACCACACUAAAUGAUGGUGAGCAAAAAUGCUCCCAUGAAAAUGUGUUAUAUAUUCUUUUGUAUACAUAUAUAUGCGCAAAAGGAAUGUGCCAAUUAGCUCAAACUUAAUUACAUUUACAUGAAACUUCCUUGAAAUUAUUAUCCACAAGUUUCUUUUGUUAUUCUUCUUCUUCUCCUUGUCUUUUCUUCCUGAAGAUCUAUGGGUGCAGGUAGUGAAGAACAAAUGCUUCAAGCUCCAUGCUCGAUCACAAAAUAUGACAACUACACAAAAAGGGAAGAUAGCUGGGUGAUCAUGAAUGAAGAUGAUGGUCAUGAUGAUGAUCGUGAUGAGAUGUACGACACCACAUCCUCGACGUCGAUUUCGAAUAGAUCAUCGACAUCUUCAUCGGACUUAGUAGAUUAUGCAGCAUCAUCAUCAACAUCAUCAUCGUGUUCUUCCUUGCAUUCGCAUGGAUCGUUGUUCGACUUGUCAGAUCUCAUAGCUCAGCUACCCAUCAAGAAAGGACUUUCAAAGUACUUUGAAGGCAAGUGCCAAUCCUUUACAUCUUUCUCAAAGGUCAAGAGCGUUGAAGAUCUUGUAAAGAAAGAGUUACCAUAUAAUCAAAGAAAGGCACUAAAAGCAAGCAAGAGCUAUGGCGGUGGCUUGGGUUCUUACCGACCGUACACACUUCCGAAGGCCGCCAUUUCUAAGAGUAACAAGGCAUCAACUACCUCAUCUUUUCCGACCAGAUCAAGAAGCAACUCUUUAGGUAAUAAUAAUGCUACAAUCCCUCCAAUUCCAACAAGAAAGAAGUUUUAACGUAUCGUACGUGCGCCGGUCUGCAUGUAAAGUUGUAAACUACACAAUGUAAUGUAUACUUGUUAAUAUUUCUUUUUUUUUCUUUGGGUGGAAGUAUAUACUGGUUAAUAUUUUGAACCUCCUGCUGUUGAUCUUGCUACUGGCUUUUACACAGAGAAAACAGAUAUUAUAUUUGUUCUUCA